CAAUUUAGGGUAUAAAUUUAUGUUAAAAAUUCCAUGUCCAAAUAUUUGCCGACUUUAUAAGCAAAUUCGUAUAUGUAUUACCGUAAAGAUAAUAAUAAUAAUUCAAGCAUGAUGUCGCUCUAAAUUCUGUCUUGUUUACAUUUUGACUUUACCUCUCUAUCAACUUUCUUUUGACUAAUUUUCCAUUUUCGGCUAUCCAUACCAAACACUCGUUCGUCUAUCAAAACUGAAGUAAACAUGGGGUUGUAACGACUAAUUUCAUUUUCUCAAGAGACGUCUACAUUAUUUUCAAUUAAAUAAGAUAUUUAACAGUGUAAUUAUUGUCUUAGUUAAGCGAACGAUCGAUUUACUUUAAAACACUUGGAAUUAUCGACUGUAAAGAAUAAGAAAACAAAAAAACACAAUAAAAAAAAAAAAUAUUCAGAACGUAAUUUAUUUCCUUGCAAUUUUCGUUGAAACUAGUGUCAGUUAUAUUUAUUUUAUUCGUAAAAAUGAAACUUUUACAAAAUGAACACGUAAAAUAACUGCAGUAUAGACAAUAACAAGUAUUGUCAUAUCCUUAAAAUUCAAGUGUGCUGCAAACUGCUUUCCCCACAUAACCACGAUGUACUCGAGCUACAAUGGGGUUAAGGGACGGUCAAAGUCGACCCUCGACGUGUUCCGAACAGUGGACGAUACGUCGCAGCAGCCGAGCAUCGGGAGCUCGACGAUGUCGUGCCACGGCCGUCAUCGACGGAUCCCGGAACCGUCGCAAAUUAAGCGUGCCCGUUCUUACCUGAGCGACGACAUCCGGCGCCAAUUCGAGCUCGGCUUUGAGAAAUCAACGCCCGCUGCCGGCACCGCAGCCAACGCCAUCACCGCCGUCACCACACCACACAGUCCAAGAUCCAGCAGCUUCGUCAAGAGGCUGGUAGCAACCCUCGAGCGCAAACAGCGCGAGGAUCUCACCCAAUAUGCGCGCGUACCCUCAGCCGACAUUUACGGGGGUGCCCCCUACAGGCAGUCCAGCAAGGACUACGGCAAGGAGAUCGUCACGAUAUCGAACCCCAAGCCGGACAAGGAGAAGAUCUUUCUUGAGAGAUUCAAUUCUGAUCUUACCUUACCGCGGCCGGUGCGCCGGCAGCUGGAGAACGUGCCGGAGCGUGACAACGAGGACGAGAACGAGAACGAGAACGAGAACGAGAACGAGGACGAGAACGAGAACGAGGACGGGGAGGAGGAGGACGAGUACGAGGAAGAGGACGAGGAUGACGAGACGGAGGACGAGGGUGGGCCGCUGCCGCUGAAGUACGGGGGAGUCGUUGCAUCUACGAAGCGUCCACGGGAGGGCUCGUCGACCCUCGUCGCGGCCGAGAGUCUACCCAAGGCGAGUGCCCGGCGCCUCCUCAAAAGCUUCCUAUCGACGAUCGUCAGCUGGCGGGGCGCGAAAACCCUGCCGAGGGGCUCGCGCGACUAUUACGCCACCCGCGAGAGCCUCGGCGAGGAGAUGCGGGCCUUUCGCCGCGACACCAUGCCCCGACUCAUCGAGCGGGCGGCCCUCGCGGACCGCUUCCAGCCCAACCCCAACGACCAGCGCGAGUUCGCUAAGCUGAUCGGGGCCACCUCGCGCCACCUCGACGACGGCCCCGUCUCCAGCAUCGCUACCAUACGCCCGGCUUACGGGAACAACGCCGUCGCCAGGCAGCGCCGGACCUCGUGCUACCAGGAACAGGCACCGAGCGACGCGUCCCUUUACGCCACGAGGAGGACAAUCCAGCCUCCAGCAGCGCCGAGGCGCACAUCAUCCGCCCAACGGACAGAUACCACGGAGCAGAUGCCGCGCCCCUACAAGCUCAAGGACCUGGGGAAACGCGAGGAUGAGCCGUCUGUCCAGCUAAGAAGACAGCCAGGCCUCGAUGUACCGGUCAUUUACGACGUGCCGCGAUCGAAUCGCCGAGUCGUGUAUCCGCACGCGACCCAGCCGCUACCACCACCACUUCGUACACCCCCCGAGUACGAGAACAUCAGCGGCAUUAUCCACGAGGAUAGGCGGCUGCGUUGCACCAUGUUUACAACAUUUUAAUCGUGACGCCGUGGCCCCUCAUGGAUAACCGGGCCUAUACGGCCAUCGUCACGCAGCGUAUCGCGAAUCCAACAUUAUUUAGCGAUCGCUCGCUCGACCUGUCAAUCAUCUCUCAACUUUUAUAUCUCAAGUUUUAAUAAUCCUUAGGCGUUAAGAAUGUGUGCGAGUCUGGGUCGAGUGACCCAGCGCCCUCGAAUAGUUAGUUGUAAGUCAAUGUCAAUGAUGUUGCUCGAAUGGUGGAUCGCCCGACCGCGUUUUGGAGGAGGACUAGAGAAAAGGAGA